AUGGCUGGACAAAUAUCCAAAUCUGAUCAGAUCAAGCAGUUCAAAGAACUUCUCGGAACAUACAAUGAACUUACAGACUGCUUCCUGGAUUGCAUAAAGGAUUUCGCUAGCAGAGGGGUUAAACCAGAAGAGCAGAAUGAAGUACUGGCAGCUAAAGCAGGACUGCUCGGCCAACCUCAUUGGACAAGAACACUCUCUUCACCUUGGGGUGUAGGAAUGGGAGAGAAUGUCAGCAUUCCUUAA